AUGUUGGUCACUUUUAGCUCAAGAAGGACGUCUGAGAAUUCAAAUCACAGCAAUGAACGCAGUACAAGUACGAUGACUUCGAAAGAUGAAGCCCGGGAGGAAAAGCUACCUGCACCACCAACAACAAUGCAACUGGCACCACAACUAUCUGAGAACACCUUCAAAAGGGUGAAAGAGGGACCAACUACUGCAAUGAAGGCACGACAACUUCAAAAUAGCUUUCAGGUGUCAUUGACACGCAAGAAUAGCUUAUCAAAAAGUAGUUCCAACUCGGCAACUACAGCAAAUUCACUCUUGAUUAAAGGUCCCAGGGAUUUCCACAAGUUUAAAGAAAAUGGACGGUCACGCCUGGGGUGCUUGACUUGCAAAAUACGAAAGAAAAAGUGUGAUGAGGUGCGACCCAUAUGCUCUGAUUGUAAACGGUUACAUAAAAAAUGUUACUAUAUCGACCAGUCGUCAAUGACCACAGAGGAGAUUCGCAAUUUAAAGAGGAAAGUUGAAGCAGAUGAAAGUAAUCACAAGUUACGGCGAAGAAAGAAAACAGUGCCGAAAUUGGGGGAAGACCAAAAGCAGAUGGAAACUGGUAGUGACUUUCUGACAAAACUGCCUUCACAGCGGGCAGAACUCAAGCCGGAAAAGAAAUUCAACCCACUUAUGGUUCCUGUUGGUUCCAGAGGUAUCACAUCACCCACGGGAAUACAAGGUGUACUUCACGCUGACAAUAUAGCUCGGCAUCUUCCUUACGAGACUAUGGAUCCUCUAGUUUCAACUUCAAAUCAUGAGAUCUUCACAUUUCCUUUGUCAGACAGGGGUCAAUCAGCCACGACCUUGUCAAGCUUGAGAAGCACUGCUGGCCAGAAUUCAAACGAAGCAAACCAGUUGGAAAUAAAAUUUGAAAAUCCAUUCACCCUUGAUCAAUCGUCGUCAUCAACUAACCAAUUAACCCCCCACCAAACAGAUUCUCUUGACGAUGCACUUGGCUCUUUCAAAUACCCACACCCUGCAGAUGAUGUAUCUAUGGAUUCACCUUCAGCUUUUCUAAAUUUGUUACGAGAGAUUAACAACUCCACUACAUCAGAUCACAAGUUUGAAGAACUUGACGACUCCAAAUUUGACGAGUUCAAACAUCUCGCUGCUGCUUCACCUGAGGUUGCUCCUGACGUUUAUGCAAUGAUUGAGUCAUUUGAUCAAGCACGUUCGCAUGAAAAUAUGGAUCGUUCGUUGAUAGCUUCGAGUCCCUCGUUUCCAAACUUGGUCUCCACUUUGAACGCACAUUUCAACCCAUCCCCCAAGCCACAGCCAAGCUUGUUAUCAAUUCCAGAGCUUGCUGAUCCGUCAAUAUCGUACCUUUACAAUUAUUACGUGGAUGUCAUUUCCAAUAAAGUUUCGGUGGCGCCGUCAUCUCAAAAUGAAUCCAACUCGUAUCAGAAAAUCUUUCUCCCCUUGGCCCAAAAGGAUAAAGGAGUGUUGUAUAGUAUUUUAGCUUGGGCUGGGUUUCAAUUGGGCGGGAAAUGGGAAACGGAAGCCUCCAAUUUCGUAAAGAAGGCAUUGCAACACUUUCAUAAAAGCAGCGACAACACCAACACCACCUCCACCAACACCACCACCACCAACAACAACAACAACAACAACAAUCCUGCAUUGACACCUUACAAUGGGGUUGAAUCCGAUCGCAGCACCAUCAUCAAUAAGUUGGCCACGUUGAUGAUUCUCGUUGGAGCAAACAUUUGUAAAGGAGAUGUGACAAAUUGGACGAUAUAUUUGCGAUGGGGGUGGAAAUUGCUUGCAUCGAAUGGAGGAAUAUUGCGCUUUAAUCAAUCCAAGGAGGAAAAUUGGUUGAUUUCAAAUUUCGCCUACCAUGAUUUGUUAGCCAGUUCAACAAGUGAACGUGGAACCUAUUUCACAUCACGUGUAUACAACAAGAUUUUCGAGGAUCAUGAUGUGUUUUUCCUUCGCGGACAACUAAACCCAUUAUUGGGGAUCUCUAAGAAGCUAUUCACCAUUAUCGGGGAGAUUUCAACUUUACUUUACGAGAGCAAAAAGUUGCUACAUGAAUAUUAUUCUCGUGGGGUUGAUAACCAUUUUGAAAAAAGUAAGGAGUUUUUGAGCGAGUUUUUGCAUGCCCAUGAUGAUGAAUUGAGAUCAACGGAGGAGGCUUUGAUUGAAGAAGAAGAAGAGGAAGAGGAAGACGAGUUCUCCAAUGCUAGUGAUCACUACAAAGCUAAUCAACUACUUUCAUUCACAAUCACGAAAGCAAAAAAAUUAGAGCGACAAAUUGAUGAAUCGAAACCGGAUAAAGGAGAUAUUUGUAACUUGAGCGAUUCGGAUCUAGAGUUGCAAUUGACCUUGUUUGAGGCAUUCCAACUUAGUGCCAAGCUAUUCUUGCGCGAGUCAAUCCUCCGAUGUAAUCCAUCCCAUUUAGAAUCGCAAAUGAUCAACAACAACUUGAUCAAGUGUUUGGAUAUUCUCAUUGGAACUCCAGUUCAAGCUUCACUCGUGUUUCCCGUUUUCAUUUCGGGAAUACACUGCGUUUCAAAACACGAUCAGGAGUUGAUGUUGCAGCGAGUCAAUUCAUUUAUUGAACAGUAUGGAAUGUUCAACGCCAACAGGGCUAGAGAAGUGAUGCAGAAGAUCUGGAAGGAGAAUAGUAGUGGUGAUAAAGUCACCAACUGGCAUUCAAUGUUGAAUGAUCUAGGUUGGGAUUUAAACUUUGCUUAG